CAGAGGUCAGCGCGGAGCGGAAGUUGUUGGCCGCUCCUUCCACCGCUGCCGAUGCGUGCGGCUUUCAGCAGGCUGCCACGCGUAUCAACCUGUUUUCAGCGAGUUGUCGCUGCAAAAGAAGAAUAUGAAAACGCCCAAAAUGUGCGCAAAAAGAAGACGUGACGUCCCUGGCAAUGGUUGUCCACGGCAUCGCCUCUGAAGAAGCGGAUACGCCAGCGUAGAGAACCCGGAAGUGCUGUUGGAUGUAACGAGCUUGCUGCGGUUGCAGCUGCCGCAGGCGCAAUGAGUGCCAAAUACGGCCUGGUGAGCUACAACAGCUCCCGGAAGCACAUUUCCAUCUCCAUGCCGUCGUCCACGGAGGUGAUGUCGCCCCACAUAAAGUCCGUGGAGGAGCUCAGGGUCCUGGGAAUCAACCUGAGCAGCUUCAGUCCCCCCACGCAGUUCUUGAUCUGUGUGGCUGGAGUCUUCCUCUUCUACCUCAUCUAUGGAUACCUGCAGGAGCUGAUAUUUUCCAUUGAAGGAUUCAAGCCUUUCGGUUGGUACCUGACUCUGAUCCAGUUUGGCUUCUACUCCGUGUUUGGACUGGUGGAGCUUCAGCUCACGCAGGAUAAACGCAGAAGGAUUCCGGGGAAAACUUAUAUGAUCAUAGCCUUCCUAACAGUGGGCACUAUGGGCCUGUCCAAUACCUCCCUGGGCUACUUGAACUACCCGACACAGGUCAUCUUUAAGUGCUGUAAACUCAUCCCAGUCAUGAUUGGAGGGGUGUUUAUACAAGGGAAACGCUAUAACGUGGCUGACGUGUCCGCCGCUCUCUGCAUGAGUCUGGGACUCGUAUGGUUCACGCUAGCAGACAGCAAAGUGGCGCCCAACUUCAACGCCACAGGCGUGCUCCUCAUCUCCAUGGCGCUGUGUGCGGACGCCGCUAUCGGAAACGUGCAGGAGAAAGCCAUGAAGCUCCACAAUGGCUCCAACUCUGAAAUGGUGCUGUACUCGUACUCCAUCGGUUUUGUCUACAUACUGACCGGCCUGCUCUGCGUAGGGGGACUGGGGCCGGCGGUGGCGUUCUGCUCCGAGCACCCUGUGAAAACGUACGGUUACGCCUUCGUCUUCUCUCUCACGGGUUAUUUCGGCAUCUCCUUCGUGCUCGCCUUGAUCAAGCUCUUUGGCGCGCUGGUCGCAGUCACAGUGACCACCGGGAGAAAGGCCAUGACUAUCGUCCUUUCCUUCAUGUUCUUUGCGAAACCUUUUACUUUUCAGUACAUCUGGGGCGGCCUGCUGGUGCUCUUUGGCAUCUUCUUGAAUGUUUACAGUAAAAACAGAGAGAAAAUGAAGCUCCCCUCCAUCGGCGACGUCAGGGGCUGGCUGCUGGCAGGAAAGAAGGUCCGACUUCUCUCCCAAAACGUAUAGGAGGGGGCCCCCCACCCCACCCGGGCGUAGCGGAGGUCCUGCCGGUCGCUGGCAGACUGUUUGUGUCCGUUCAGACGUAGAGUCGGGCCGCCUGUCACGGCGUGCAGAGGAACCCGCCCAGAGCGCCGAGGACGGGAAUACGAGGUGUGAGCGGCAAUCAGCCUGAAGAGAAAAAAAAAAUAAAAGAACGCACACUAAUAAGUAAACUAGGACGGGUGACCGAGCGGCUGUGUCUCAUCACCACGUGCCGGUACGUCACUGGAACCGGCUCAAAUUACUCAAACUGCAGCAAACUGAAGGGGGAAAAACUAGUUUUAACAAGGGGAUCAAUGGUUGUGGCUGCUUUUUUUUUCUUUUUUUUUUUUUUUUUCCCAAAAGCGAAGCUUCAGUCCCCAGACAAACGUCCCCGACAUGGAGGACAACACUGAGGACUUUUCUCAAGGGAAGACGGCGCCUUAGUUCACCAAAACGCAGAGUUUUGCACCCGAAAUGACUUGUAAACCUUGAGUGGUUGGAGAAAAGAGUACAUAGCGUCAUGUAAUCCUGUCAUGGCUGAAAUGAAGGGACACUAAUGAUAAAAGGGCAUAUUUGCCCCCCCCGCAUGUGCCAGAAAUAGGGAGCUUUGUUUUACAUAAUCAUUGUCUUAAUGAAGGUGGCUUCUCUUUUUGUAGUUUAUUGGUAAUCUAUAACUGGUUGUGCCCUAAUUCUUACAAUCUGUGAUUAUGUGGGGACAUUUUGGGGAAUAUGGAGAUAUUUGCUCCAGUGUACAUUGUCAGCUGCCCUAAUUCUCUACACUGUGUUGUGGUGAAAGGGUAUACUUUCUUUUUUUUCACAUUAAAUAUUAAAACUGAACAAUC